CAAGGUGGGCAGAUCACAAGGUCAAGAGAUUGAGACCAUUCUGGCCAACAUGGUGAAACCCCGUCUCUACUAAAAAUAUAAAAAUUAUUGUGUAUUUUUGAACAAAAACAUCGUGAAACUAAUAUUCAGUAUCUACCCACAUCCUUUUCCCCACGUCUCCUCUACUGGAUAGCCUGGAGGAUGGGGUAGUAAUUACUGCUUUAGAAUGUUCCAUGUUGAUCAAAUAUCCUUGCUAACAUCUAUUAUUCUAAUCUUCAAGAGAUCUUUUAGAAAUCCAGUGGAAUCUAAGGUUGUAGGAGAUAAUGUGUCUUUUGAUCCUCAGUGUCAACUUCCUCUAACACACAGAGGGAUUAAAAUACAUAUCUUUUAGUGGAUGAAAACAUAGAGCGAUUCCAAGGGGCAUCCAGGCAAUCUGGACUGAGUCACCCGAUUCUGUAGUUAUUUUAGACAGGCCAUAGAGAUGCCCUACAUUGCUGUUAUAGGUUAUUGAUGCCCCAGCUCAUCACUAGACUGGAGAAUGAGACCAGGAGUAACAUCUUGGCUACAUUGUGACACUGAGAAGACACCUUGAUCCUUUGCACAGCUUCAACACAUAUCUGUCAAACUAGUAUAGACUGUUUUCAAUCAUAUUGUCUGUGUAUCUGCUUUGGGUGCCCUUUUGCAUAGUAUAAAUACUUCCUGGCUAUUCCUUUUAUUUGUAUUUAUUUAUUUAGUUAGUUAGUUAGUUAUUUAGAAACAGAGCCUCACUCUGUCACCCAGGCUGGAGUACAAUGGUGCAAUCUCGGCCCACUGCAACCUCUGCCUCCCGGGCUCCAGCGAUUCUCUCGGUGAGCCUCUCAAGUAGCUGGGAUUACAGGCACCUGCCAUCAUGCCUGGCUAAUUUUUGUAUUUUCAUAGAGACAGGGUUUCACCAUUUUGGCCAGGCUAGUCUUGAACUCCUGACCUCAGGUGAUCCCCCCGCCUCCACCUCCUAAAGUGCUGGGAUUACAAGGGUAAGCCACCACUCCCAGUCCCUGGCUAUUUCUUUUAAACAUUUGUUUUCAUCAUCUUGGAGUUAGGGAGGCUUGCACAAAUCUCCUGCCAAUUCUCUAUUAUUUCCUUUGAUUCUGACACUCCAGAUUAGACAACUUUGCAAUGAGAGCUCUUGUGUUCAACUUCACUCUUAUGCCCUAGGAAUUAUUAGAGAGCUGCUUCUCUUGUCCCUUCCUCCACGAUUUUAUAAGUAUAAACUUAUUGAUUAAUGUCAAUUAAAUGAUUUGCUCGUCAUUUCUGUUAAAUUUCUUAGAAAAUAAGCCUUAACUUCUACUUAUUUUACACACAUUAUAUGCUAAAUUACGUUUCUUUUUGAGACAGAGUCUCUCUCUGUCACCAGGCUGGAGUGCAGUGUUGGGAUCUCAGCUCACUGCAACCUCCACCUCCUGGGUUCAAGUGAUUCUCCUGCCUUAGCCUCCUGAGUAGCUGGGACUACAGGCAUGAGCCACCACGCCCAUCUAAAUUUUACAUUUUUAUUAGAGACAGGGUUUCACCAUGUUGGCCAGGAUAGUGUCAAACUCUUGACCAUGUGAUCCGCCCACCUCGGCCUCUCAAAGUGCUGGGAUUACAGGCAUGAGCCACUGCGCCCAGCCAAUUAUGUAUUUUUUUUAAAUAUUCUCAACAACACAACUAGAUAGAUAUAGUUUAUCUGCAUUUUACAGAUGAUGAAAAUAAUAAUAAAAAAUUAGAAGUUAUUUACCUCAAAUAUAUCACAAGUAAAUGCUGAACCAGCAUUGGAACUCCAGCCUGAUUCUAAUGCCCUACUUUUUCUUUCAUUUCGCAUUGUUAAAAGAAAAGCUUUAGGCAAAUAAAAUUUAACAGAGUUUGAGCAAAGAACAAUUCAUGAAUCAGGUAGCAUUCAAAACUGAAAGAGGUUCAGAGAGCUCCACUCCAGCAGUGUGACCAGCAAGCUUUUAUAGGUUGAACAUGGAAACAAAGUAGAGAAAUUACCUGAUUGACUACAGCUAGGCAUUUGCCUUAUUUGGAUAUUGUCUGAUGGAAGUUCCCUGUUUGUCACCAGUAGGUUGGUUGGCUGUUUGUGAUUGGCUAAGGCUUGUUUUUGGUUUUUGGUUUUUAAGUCAGUUACAAUAAAUGUUUCCAAGUUAAGUUUCAGUUCUCUUAACAUAAGAGGGCUGGUUACAGAGCGUAACCUCAGGCUAGUAGCCAUCUUAUUUAACAACAUUAUAUCAUACUCUUGGGAAGAUAUAUGAUUUUUACACAAGCUAAUAUUUCACAUCUGUGUAUUUUAUAAAUAUUAGAAAAGAAGAGGAAACAUGCAUAAUUUUAAAAACAGUCUUACAAGUGACUUAUGAAGAUGCCUUGUGAGUUCUAAGGACAUAUGGAAUUGGCUAUGGAUAAUUCAUAUGCUUUCAAUCAACGAAGCACCUGUAAUGGAAUUCCAUCUGAGAAGAAAAACAACUUCCUUGUAUCAGAAGAUCAUGGACAAAAAAUCUUAAGUGUACUACAGAAUUUUAGAGAACAAAAUGUCUUUUAUGAUUUCAAAAUAAUUAUGAAAGAUGAAAUAAUCCCGUGUCAUCGUUGUGUGUUAGCAGCAUGCAGUGACUUUUUCAGGGCUAUGUUUGAAGUAAACAUGAAAGAAAGAGAUGAUGGAAGUGUUACCAUUACUAAUUUGUCCUCCAAAGCAGUAAAAGCAUUUCUCGAUUAUGCCUAUACUGGAAAAACAAAAAUAACAGAUGAUAAUGUGGAAAUGUUCUUCCAGUUGUCAUCAUUUCUUCAAGUUUCCUUCCUAUCCAAAGCUUGCAGUGACUUUUUAAUAAAAAGUAUUAAUCUUGUCAAUUGUUUACAGUUAUUAUCUAUAUCAGAUAGCUAUGGCUCCACCAGUUUGUUUGAUCAUGCAUUACACUUUGUACAACAUCACUUUUCUUUAUUAUUUAAAUCCAGUGAUUUCUUAGAGAUGAAUUUUGGAGUACUACAAAAAUGUCUGGAAUCAGAUGAAUUAAAUGUUCCUGAAGAAGAAAUGGUACUGAAAGUUGUCCUUAGUUGGACUAAACAUAACUUAGAAUCAAGGCAAAAGUAUCUGCCUCAUUUGAUUGAAAAAGUGAGAUUACAUCAGUUAUCUGAGGAGACACUUCAGGACUGUCUGUUCAAUGAAGAGAGUUUACUCAAAAGCACAAACUGUUUUGACAUAAUCAUGGAUGCAAUUAAGUGUGUGCAAGGUUCUGGUGGACUCUUCCCUGAUGCUCGACCAUCCACAACUGAGAAAUACAUAUUCAUUCACAAAACUGAGGAAAAUGGAGAAAAUCAAUAUACAUUUUGCUAUAACAUUAAAACUGAUUCAUGGAAAAUACUGCCGCAAUCACACCUGAUUGAUUUGCCAGGAUCUAGUCUUUCGAGUUACGGAGAGAAAAUAUUCUUGACAGGUGGUUGCAAAGGGAAAUGUUGUCGAACGGUUCGACUGCAUAUUGCUGAGUCAUAUCAUGAUGCCACUGAUCAAACCUGGUGCUACUGUCCAGUCAAAAAUGAUUUCUUCUUGGUAUCAACUAUGAAAACACCAAGAACCAUGCAUACAUCAGUUAUGGCUCUCGAUAGAUUAUUUGUCAUAGGUGGAAAAACUAGAGGAUCCCGGGACAUUAAAAGUCUCUUAGAUGUUGAAUCUUACAAUCCUCUUUCCAAAGAAUGGAUAUCUGUUAGCCCAUUACCCAGAGGCAUAUACUAUCCAGAAGCAAGCACAUGCCAAAAUGUAAUUUAUGUUCUUGGAUCAGAGGUAGAGAUUACAGAUGCUUUUAACCCAUCACUUGAUUGCUUUUUUAAAUACAAUGCUACAACUGAUCAGUGGUCUGAACUAGUAGCAGAGUUUGGGCAAUUUUUUCAUGCAACAUUAAUUAAAGCUGUACCAGUAAACUGUACACUGUAUAUAUGUGACCUUUCCACCUAUAAGGUUUAUAGUUUUUGUCCAGACACUUGUGUUUGGAAAGGCGAAGGAUCUUUUGAGUGUGCAGGCUUUAAUGCAGGUGCAAUUGGAAUUGAAGAUAAAAUUUAUAUAUUAGGUGGUGAUUAUGCACCAGAUGAAAUCACAGAUGAAGUGCAGGUCUACCACAGCAACAGGUCUGAAUGGGAAGAAGUUUCACCAAUGCCUAGAGCCUUAACAGAAUUUUACUGCCAGGUGAUUCAGUUUAAUAAAUACAGAGACCCAUGGUUUUCUGAUCUAUGUGCUUGAACAUUCUAAAACGAGUCCAGUUCUAGUAACCUAAAGUAAAUUUGUUAACCAAAAUGAUAGGUAAAAAGAUCUAUACAUCUUAAUGAAAUAAAACGUUCCUGCUUUUAGUUAUGUAUGUACACCAUAUAUGAAUAAACAGUUUCCAAAAACUUAAAAUACACAAUAUAUUUUACCAAAAAUUAUACUGAAUAUAAUUUAACCUUGGGGUAUCCAGAGUACUUAGUAUUUUCACAUGAAACUACAAAUCAUAUACUCUGACACUUUGAUUUUUAAAGUACUCUGUCCAUAAAAGAUUUGUACUAUUUAGAUGGGAGAAAUCUCUUGAGAAAGUAAAAAUGAAUUACACUGUAUCUUAUAUGAAGUAAAAAAUAAAUCAGAGGUGAGAAUAUUGUUACUGUGGGUAUGAGUUGUUGAAUUCCUAUCAUUUGUGACUGGUUAACUUAAGUACCCUUUUUACCCUUUUUUAGUUAGUUCAGAAAUAAUUCUCCCAGCUUUAUAAAUAGUACACUAAACAUAGUUUAACUUUUUUUAAUGACUCAUUUUUUCAUUAACAGCAUAAUGUACCAUGUUAUAAUGCCAUUAGCAAUUACUUAAAUGCUUUAAAAAUUGCUGAUUCUAUUAGUUUUCAAUGUCAGUUGGUUUCAAUUUCUAGCUCUCUCUCUCUCUCCCCCUCCCCCUCAUUUUCUGGUUCAAUCUUAGUAAAUUAACAUUCUGGAUUUAAUUAGUAGUUCUAAGUUACACCUGGCCUGAGUUUAUGUUAACAUGUAACCCUCAAUUGGAAAUUUUUGGAUUCUGGGAUGGUAGUACUAAAAUACUUUUUAUGUAUUUUUAUGUAUCAUUGCUAGGUUCCAGCCUAAUUGAGGACAUAGAAAAUUGACCUCUAAUUAAGUGGAUCAUUAUUAUGGCAUUUCUUAAGCUUUGUCCAAAUUUGAGCUACAUAAAACAUUUCAGGAUUUAAAUUAGUACCAUAUCAAUUUUCUGUGAUGAUGUAUACCAACUAUAAAGCACUAUAUUGGUUUACUACUUCAGUAAAUUAUUCUUAGUGAAUUAUUUUCUAAAUUAAAAAAAUGACUUGGCUUUUGGUAUUGAUAAUAGUAUUCACAACCUGCAUCUGUUAAGAUGUUUGAUCUUUAACCCACACAGUGUAAGAGUACUGUGGUCCUUUUUCUCAGGUAGGUGAUUCUGCCUUCCAAGAGUAUAUGUUUCUUUAAUCAGUUUAAAAGAUAAAGGCAUUUUGGGUUUUAAGACCCCUGCUUUACAUCUCAGGUAAUGUGUAGAUUGUAUUUCUCUGGAACCAAAUGUAGUUUUCUACACCCAGUUGUAAAUGUUAAUAUUUCUCAGAUGUGCACAUUCUUUAAAAGUGUGUUCCUAAGUAGAAAUAUACCUAAAUGAAGAUUCUCUUAUUUUAUCAUAUAAAUUCAUGCAACCAUAAGUUCCAAAUGUAUUUUUCAAAAUGGAAUGGAAUAUCAGAGUACAUUUUCAUGAAGUUUAAAAAUCAAGGACUGUUCCUGAUUAGAUGACAUAUUUAUAAAGAGUAUUCUGUAAAAUUGGUGGCCUUCUUAUCUAAGCACAUGAGUAGUUGGCUCUGCACUUUGUGUAUUUAAAAAAGGAAAAUUCAGUGGAGGCUUUUGUUUGUGUGUGUGUGGCUUUGAAAACUAAUUAUUUGAGAAAGACCAUAACACAGUGAGUAGCCUAUAUGUGGAUUUUACUGAACUGUUAAUUUAAGGAUAUAUAUUAAUAGAGUAUGUUUAAAAUAAAUAUUGUUUUCACCACUGA